GCAGAGAGCUUCAACAGUGACAAAUCGUCCACAGAGAGCAGUGGAUACAGAAGUGGGUCUAGCGCUUACGAAUGCCGCUCCGAUAGAUCUUCCACUAGUGGAUACUACUGCACGUCGUUGUACAAAAACGAUCACUACAAAGACAUCAACAAAGAAAUAUACAAGCCGGUCAAGAUUCCUAAAGAGAAACGCUACAAACUGCAACUGUUCGAUGUACAGAAGGACGAACUGAAAAGUGCAAGAUUGAAGAGUUACUUGAGUGACGCAGAGAAAGCUAAACUGAAGGCGGGUCCGACGCCAAAGAAAGCUGGCAUUAGGAACUACACGCCUAAGAUAUUGUCAGAGGAGGAGCAGAAAAAGAAAUUAGAUUGGAUAUAAGAGAACUAAGACUAGUAGUAUAAGUUGUAAAUAUUAGCGUAGUAGUAGAUGUUUUGCGACAAUGGAGGCGGCAGGAGCGUUAGCGAGUUUGGCACCGUCGCCCAUCACCGUGUUGGGUCUGAUACCACUCCUAGCAUUAGGGAUCACGUACUUCAGAUACCAACAAUUCGAUCCGGAGUCUUACGUUACGGACGUCAAUGCUGUGCUGCCGAUCUACGACUUUGUGAUAGUCGGCGGCGGCUCAGCGGGCGCCGUGGUAGCUUCGCGCCUUUCGGAAAUCGGCAACUGGACAGUGCUGUUACUGGAAGCCGGACAAGACGAAACUGAGAUCUCCGACAUACCAGCCCUAGCAGGCUACACACAACUCUCCGACAUGGACUGGAAAUUUCAAACGACCCCAUCUAACAAUCGCUCGUACUGCUUAGCCAUGAACGGCGACCGCUGCAACUGGCCCAGAGGCAAGGUACUCGGUGGCUGCAGCGUCCUGAACGCCAUGGUGUACGUGAGAGGCAACCGCAACGACUACGACCUGUGGGAGGCGCUCGGCAACCCCGGAUGGUCAUACGAUCAAGUGUUGCCAUACUUCUUGAAGUCAGAGGACAAUCGGAACCCGUACUUGGUAAACACACCGUAUCACGCGGCAGGCGGAUAUCUAACUGUACAAGAGGCUCCAUGGCGAACUCCUUUAUCAGUUAGUUUCUUAAGAGCUGGAAUGGAAUUGGGUUACGAAAAUCGCGAUAUAAACGGGAAAGAGCAAACUGGUUUCAUGCUGACACAGGCAACGAUGCGCCGCGGUAGCCGCUGCAGCACUGCUAAGGCUUUCCUGAGACCCGUCCGCCAUAGAAAUAAUCUGCAUGUCGCGCUUGGAGCUCAGGUCACUAGGAUAUUAAUAAAUCCAGUUAAGAAACAAGCUUAUGGAGUAGAAUUCAUCCGCAACGGACAAAAACAAAAAGUGAGAAUUAAGCGCGAAGUUGUAAUGUCGGCUGGUGCUUUGGCAACUCCUCAAAUCAUGAUGCUGAGCGGUAUCGGCCCAGCUGACCACUUGCGGGAACAUGGAAUUCCUUUGGUUGCAAAUUUAAAAGUCGGCCACAAUUUGCAAGACCACGUCGGCUUGGGAGGAUUGACAUUCGUGGUUAACAAGCCGGUGACAUUUAAGAAAGAUCGUUUCCAAACAUUCUCUGUUGCUAUGAACUAUAUCUUGUAUGAGAAAGGGCCAAUGACAACGCAGGGUGUCGAGGGACUGGCAUUCGUCAACACCAAGUACGCACCACCGUCUGGCAAAUGGCCUGACAUACAAUUCCAUUUCGCUCCCAGUUCUGUGAACUCGGACGGCGGGGAACAAAUUCGUAGGAUUUUGAACCUUCGCGACCGAGUAUAUAAUACCGUGUACAAGCCUAUAGAAAACGCCGAGACGUGGACAAUACUUCCCUUGUUACUGCGCCCGAAGAGUUCGGGAUGGGUGAAAUUGCGCAGUAAAAAUCCAUUCCAGCCGCCAUCGAUAGAGCCCAACUACUUCGCGUACAAGGAAGACAUAAAAGUAUUGACUGAAGGCAUAAAAAUCGCCAUGGCAAUAUCCAACACGACAGUGUUCCAGAGAUAUGGCUCUAAGCCCCAUAACAUUCCGCUGCCGGGCUGCCAACACCACGUGAUGUUCAGCGACGACUACUGGGAGUGCAGCCUAAAGCAUUUCACUUUUACCAUUUACCAUCCGACUGGUACUUGCAAGAUGGGCCCGAAGCACGACCAAGACGCGGUCGUCGACCCCAGGCUGCGGGUGCACGGCGUGGCAAACUUGAGAGUGGUGGACGCCAGUGUAAUGCCAACUAUUAUAAGUGGAAAUCCUAACGCUCCUGUCAUAAUGAUUGCGGAGAAAGCAUCCGACAUGAUCAAAGAAGAUUGGCUCGUAUUAUGACAGUGUUCAAGUGUGAGACAUUGAAUGUACUAUUGUAGGUGAAACGUUAGUGUAAUGUGACUAAUAUUAUUUAUUAAGUCUGUAAAUACUUAAAGGUUAGUGUAUCGACAAGUCUUGUUUAUAUAUUGUUUGUGGAAAGGAUUAAAUGUAAAUGUCAAAAAUUA